ACUUGAAGGCAGCAGCGCUAAUUGGAGGCAGAUUUCAGCGCGAGGAGGAGGUGGCGACUCCCAACGGCUGCUCCUCCCCGAGAGGAGCGGAGUCAGAGCCGGAGCAGGAGCAGGAGCAGGAGAGCAGGAGGUGGUGUUUCUAACAGACAGCUCUUAAAGUUUUUAAAGCGUUUAAAACAUUUCCUCGAAGCUGGUGUUCGUGUUCCCGCGCUUCAGUUUCAGGAUGGAGUCAUCUUGUCUGGACCUGGCUCUGGAAGGCGAGCGGCUCUGUAAGGCUGCCGACUAUCGGGCCGGCGUGUCCUUCUUUGAGUCUGCCAUCCAGGUCGGAACCGAGGACCUUCAGAUCCUCAGCGCCAUCUACAGCCAGUUGGGCAAUGCCUAUUUUCACCUACAAGAGUAUAACAAAGCCUUGGAGUACCAUCGGCACGACCUCACACUGACCAGAACAAUCGGAGAUGAACUCGGCGAGGCGAAAGCCAGUGGCAACCUCGGGAACACAUUAAAGCUUUUGGGACGAUACGAUGAAGCCGUGGUUUGUUGCCAAAGACAUUUGGACAUCACCCGAGCCAUUUAUGACAAGGUUGGGCAGGCUCGGGCGCUGUAUAAUUUCGGGAACGUUUACCACGCCAAGGGCAAGGGCAUCUGCUGGUCUGGAGCCGAGCCAGGAGAGUUCUCCGAGGAGGCCAGGAUCGCCCUGAGGAAAGCUGCACAGUACUAUGAAGCAAACCUGAACGUGGUGAAGGAGUUGGGCGAUAAGGCAGCACAGGGCCGUACCUACGGCAACCUUGGCAACACGUACUAUCUGCUGGGUGAAUUUGAAACCGCGGUAGCUGCACAUGAAAAGCGGCUGCUCAUCGCUAAAGAGUUUGGGGAUAAGUCCGCUGAGAGGAGGGCCCACUGUAACCUUGGCAACGCUCACAUAUUCCUUAGCCAGUUUGAAGUGGCGGCCGGCCAUUACAAGAGGACUCUGCAGCUGGCCAGGCUUUUGAAGGACAAAGCGGUGGAGGCUCAGGCCUGUUACAGUCUGGGAAACACCUACACACUACUUCAAGACUAUGAAAGAGCCAUUGAUUACCACCUCAAACAUCUGGUCAUUGCUCAGAACCUCAACGACAGAGUCGGUGAAGGAAGAGCGUACUGGAGUCUAGGAAAUGCCCACACCGCCCUGGGGAAUCAUCAACAAGCUAUGUACUUUGCUGAAAAACAUCUGGAAAUUGCCAAAGAGACCGGAGACAAAAGCGGCGAGGUGACGGCCAGGAUGAACUUGUCCGACCUCCGGCUUGUCGUAGGCCUCAAGUCCAACUCCACCCUGCACCAGAACAUCUUCCGCAACACCAACACCAACAGCUCCGCCCUGUCGGCAAGCUUCCACGGUCUCCCCAACCUCUCAGGGGCCAAGUCUCCGUCGAGGAGAGGAGGAAGUGCAGAGAACCUGGAGCGGAGUCCAAGUCCGGUCAGCAAAAACCAAACUCCAGACUCGCCAACACAUCCGAUUGGACAGGACUGGGAGGAGGAAGUAUUCCCUGGCUCUUCAAAAAACAACACGCUCAAAGCUUCCACUAAGCUCUUCCUCUUCCACCGGCUGAAAAGCAAGAAGCAGAAGAACAACAAAUCGCCUCCUAAAGAGCAGCAAGAAAGCCGCGGCGAGCACUCGGCUCCUGAGUCAGACGCUCCGGCGUUUCCCAAGUCGGGAUCACAGGACACUAUCGGAGACGACGGCUUUUUCGACCUCCUCACUCGUUUCCAGGGCAACAGGAUGGACGACCAAAGGUGCUCCCUACAGGAUAGCCAGAACCAUCUCCCUCCACCCUCUCCCUCCUCCACCCCACCUGUAGCAGAAAGGAAAUCUAUUUUGGAAUGCGAAACACCGUUGCAGGAUCCUGGUCAUUUCCUGGAGCUGCUGGCCAGCUCCCAGGCCCGUCGUCUGGACGACCAACGGGCCAGCGUGAGCCAUUUUCCUGGCUUACGUCUCAGCACCUCCAGCCCGCCUCAUAUACCCUCCACCUCCAGCACAGAUCAAGUCCACCCACAAGCCCUCAUCCCGAGCACAGAUACGCCUCACACACCCUCCCUGUACAGUCGUCUCGAGGCAAGUUCUGAGCAGCCCGAGGGGGAUGAUGUCUUCUUCGACAUGUUGGUGAAGUGCCAGGGCUCCCGGCUGAACGAUCAGAGGUGCGCCGCUCCGCCGUCUGCAAAUAAAGGACCGACUGUUCCAGAUGAGGAUUUUUUCAGUCUCAUCCUGCGUUCCCAGUCCAACAGGAUGGAGGAGCAGCGAGUCCUGCCACCAGGUGUCACACAAUCCAAACCAGACUGACCCCAUGAGGGAUUUCUCUUCUUGUCUCAGGAUAACAGAUGAAGUAACUUCUUUUUUUUUUUUUUAAAGUUUGUAGCCCACGGUACUUUUGAUUCCCGCCUUUUUGGAUCGACAACGUUCCUGCGAGACACAAAGAGGAAUCGGACAAUACAGAACUGAUACUUUGUUUUCCUGGCAGCAUCUCUGGGUAGUCACCACCUUUUUUUUUUUUAAAUUUGUGCUGCCCCCUGCUGCCUGUUUUAUUUAGACUUGUGUACCAGCAGUGACGUCUGUCUGUCUGUUCUGGAGGCUUGUAUCAAGCCACUCAAACAAACUUUAAGUUGUGUUGGUAUGUUUGGACUCAAAGGUACUGUAUUCCAAGGACGUGAGCCACAGCGAAGGGACUUCUGCUUCAUGACGACGGACCAAAGAGACGCAAUUAAGUGAAGUGGAACACUGCGCGGCCCGCUCUGCCCGUCUGAGAUCACAUUAAGUCUCUGAGAGUGGUACAUCUCGGUUUGAAUUGAUCUCAGACCUCUACAAUAAUAACUCAAAGGGUCAACUGUCAAAUCUUCUCUGGGGAAAUAAAAGUCCACGUCCACCUUUAUUACUGCGCUGCUGACCAGUGGAGCCGUUUAUAGACUCUGCUUCCCGAUGCUGAAGACAGAAAGACGGUCAGCUUUACGCUGUGAGAGUUAUUACCAUCAGCUGGAAUGGGAUUUGUUUUUUUCUGUUGUAACAAGAUACAGGGAUUAACUAGAAAAAAAGAAAUGUUAUUUUAGCUUUUCUAUGGAGAUCUUCUCCAGAUGAUGGAGGAAUAAAACAUCUCAAGAAUUUA